AUGUCCUUCUACGGCAUCUUUGGCUUCUUCAUCUUCGGCCCCAUCCAGUGGUACAUCAACGUCUUCAACGUGGGCCAGGGCGUCUGCGAGUUCAACAAGAAGGAUGGGUACAUGUACAUGGUGAGAAAUGGCGACAUGAUUCGUGAGGUCCCCCUCUCCGACUUCCAGGCCGUAAAGUUCGAGUGGACCAACAUGGCCAUUACCGGAAGCCGAGACUUGUACCUGGUCACACAGGCCUUCCUUUUGCUGCAGCCAUCUCUCAGUGUUCUCUCGUCCGUUCGUGGCCCCCGUGCGUCCCCCGUACACAUGGGCACCCCGCUGGAUGAACAGGAGACCUUGGAUCUCCCCCCGCUUCACGACGACGACGUCAGCCCCGUGGGGGGUGGGCGGCUGUUGGGAGGGAAUGAGGAUGCGCAAAUGCGCGAAGCCGCGCAUGCGGCGCUUCUGGCGGCGACAGGCCCGAAGGACCUCCUCAAGCAGCUCCCUCUAAAAUAUCGGCCCCCGGUCUCCAAGCUCCCCCUGUCUUUGGAGGACUCGCAUCUUGAAAGAACUCAGGCGUUCGAAACCCGCUUAUCGACACUGGAAGCAGAGCUGCGGGAUCUCAGGCGUGAUGCUAUUGAGGAGGAAGUCAGAGCAUGGUUUGCAAGGGCGGAAUGCCUUCCUUUGCUUCAGGAUGUGCAUGUGAACUCGGUAAGGCCGAGUGACAUACCCGGUCAACCCCCGCGGCCCCUUUGGGCCAAACGCAACCGAAGCCCAGCAGAGCGAGCUAGAAUCCGCGCCAUCGUGACCAUCAAGGCCCUGAUAACGAGAUUUCUGGGUGAAGCGGACUUUGAGUUUGACUGGCGAGGCACGGAGACGGGUUGGUGGAUUCCGGGCCCCCAGGUUGCACAGCUGAUAGGCACAACGUUGGAGGACCUUUCUAAUUUGCGGGAGGGCAUGGUGCAACUUCCUGAUGUCCUCUGUGUGCAGGAAUUAGGAACCCGAGACGCGCAGCCCCAGGACGUCAUCCUGAUCGGAGCGGACUUGAACCAGGACCUCCACGCUAGUGUUGACGAGUUUCCGGGGAUGGGUUUGCUGAGGGCUCUCAUUUCCAAACAUGACCUGCGGUACAACCGUUCUGUGGGCCACACCUGGAGUGCAAGGGGGGUAAGCAGCGAAAUUGACUUCAUCCUGCUGCGAGCGCAUAGGGUUCAAGUUGUGUCGUUCAAACGAGAUGACAUGAAAGAAGCCCUGCCUUCAGACCACUCGCCGGUUUUCAGCGUCAUCUGCACGCCUCGCCCUUUAGUGAACCGAGCGAUGAGGUUCCCUUUGACCCUGCUGAAUUCGCGAAUUUAUGUGCAAGUAAAGGCGGCCCUGCUGUGCAAGGUCCGUCACGAGAGGGCCUUGGCCAAGGCGGAUCACAAGAUUAAGAUCCUGGAGGAUGCCCGCGCGGGAGACCGAAAGGCUAUAACCUACCUUCGUAAGAGUGCGGCACAGCGCUCCUUUGAAACGAGCUACAUCGAGCUUCGAGGCGGGCAACAACAAGCGGCACAUGAACUUCAGCAGUUUUAUGAAGCUAAGUACUCCUCCUUUUUGCCCGACUCUCGGGGCAAGCUACUGCAGUACUUCAAUCGCUUACUGCAUGAAGAGCUUGCGGUGCCUUCGAAUUGGGCAGAAGCCAAGGUCUUUGGGAGACUCAUCAUGAACAGGGUCGCAGCACGAUGCCCGCCGUUUGCGAGCGGCCGACUUGGCUGUAGAAAGGGCACCCAAACGGUUGACGGUAUCUUGGCAGCCCAGACAGUGGUAGGGAUUCUCAGGCGCAAGCAUGGGGUUGAGGCACAUGUCGCCAAGUUGGACAUACGUGCCGCCUUUGACAGCUUGGCACAUUCGGCAGUUGUUCGUUACUUGGCAGAGUGUGAGCCGUGCCCUGAGGCGGGCCUCCUUUGGAAGUUAUGCUCGGCAAACCGCUUGCACAUGUCCCUAGGGACCCACUCCUGGCAAGUCCCGGUGAAGCAGGGCAUCAUGCAAGGAAGCAGCUACUCAGCCGACCUGUUCGCCAGGGUAAUAGAUAGGCACAUAAGGGGGCUACAGCCGAGAUGGAAUGCAAUGUUCCCGGCCUGGGAGGACGGACUUUGCCUCCCACACUUUCUGCUGUAUGCCGAUGAUAUUUUGUUGUUCGCGAUGAGUGCCGCAGAGCUCCAGAGGAAGUUGCGAGACUUGACAGACAGCUUGCAGUGCAUCGGCCUUUUCAUUAAUGCGAGGAAGUGUCAGGUCCUGAACAUCAAAGGGGUUACUCCAGGUGUGUGGCCGAGAAACAGCGCCGUCCCGCUGGAGGGGCGUGUUGAAAGCGACGCUCUUCGAAAGUUACGUUUCCUCCCGCUGGUCGUGGUGUAG